AUGUUUCCUCUCAUACAACGAUGCUGCUUCCACACACCUUUCAAACUCCAGACGUUAACUGGUCCCAGACUACUACUGCGAUAUGGAAAGAAUAAGACAACUUGCUCUUCUCUCAGCCUCUGUCUGCGGAGAGAUGUGUGUCUUCUCUCAAGAUCUCCACACCUCAGCCCACCAUCAGUAUAUGCAACUAAACUCCAGGCUUUUCAUACCUCUCUUCCCUUCUUCAAGAAGAAAACCCCCAAGGAAUCUGAGACCAAAGACUUGGGCAUAUUGAAACAAAGUAUGAAAUCACUAAAGGAUUCUCCAAAGCCAGCCCUCUACUUAAGCCUUGCAGGGCUAAUUCCGUUUGUUUCUGUGCCACUGCCAAUGGCCAUCCAAGGGACCUACUACCCAGAGCUGGCGUUUGCUCAGAUUCUGUAUGGUGCUGUAACAGUCUCUUUCCUAGGAGGAAUGAGGUGGGGGUUUGCUCUUCCAGAAGACAGCCCGGCCAAGCCAGACUGGCUGAAUCUGGCUAACAGUACAGUUCCUCCUCUACUUGCCUGGCAAGCCUUGCUUUUUAAAGAUGUCACUCAUGGUGCAGUAAUGCUAAUAAUGGCUUUAGGGAUAGCACUACAUUAUGAUGUUUCCCUUCUUCCUCCUUAUCCUAGGUGGUUUAAAGUACUGAGGGUAGUGGGAACGAUAGUGAUGGUAUUAUCGCUAUUAGCUACUGCGGCACUGAAGACUUUUUCAGAGCAGCAGUUAAGUAACAGCAGAAAUAAAUGGCAGAACACAAAAUAA